GUUUAUGAAUAUGCAGAUGAGGAAGCAGUAUUUAUUAAGCAGCUCUGAGACAGAGCAUCACUGAACCGACGACAGCAUGAAGACUCUCUGCCUUAUGGUGGGACUGCUGCUGCUGACACUCUACUGCUCUGCCAUGCCUCCUGGAGUGAGAGAAGUCUCUCCUGCAUCAUGUUGUUUUCACUUCUUUGCCAAACCAAUACCGAGGAAAGAAAUCCGGUCCAUCUCCAAGACUCACAGCAGAUGUUCAGAGAAGGCAUUCGUGUUUGAUACUCCCAAAGGUCUGAUCUGUGUGAGCCAGAAUAGGGACUGGGCUAAGAAAGCGUUUCAACAGCUGCACUCCCAGCCUCAGCAGUGAGCGCCUCCACCUUCUGGACCUGGAAGCUUCAUCUUACCUUACGUCUUUGUACCUGUUCUGUCCUGCCAGCUAUUUAUAGCUCUUCAUCAUCUUAAUAAUUCCUUUAUUAAAGCUGCAGAUUAUACUGACAUGUUUGUACAACCUGCUGACUGAAUUUGUCUAAUGAGAUACUUAAAGAACUAGUUCAUUAUCUGUAUGGAUAGAAUAAUAAAAUAUAGCAUACCUACACUUAUCAAUGAUAUAAACCUAUAAUAAAGAUAAGAUUAAUUUUGUGUAA